CAGGGCCUCGUUCUUGUUCUUCUAAGUAUCCGCUCGCCGCCCCUUCUAUCUCUGCGUCAGCCCUCGACGAGGCAAAGGUAUAGCGCCAUCCACUUCUUCCAUCUAACCUUACUUCAACGAGCAUGUCGGAUGAAGAAUCACAUACCGUCACUUCGAUCGAUGACGAUUACAAGCCCGAACUAGGGUCCUCCGCCACCACCUCAGCAAAUGCCAAUAGCGAUUCUAAUACCGUUGAUGCUAAUGGUGACGAUGACGACCUAAACCCUGAAUCUGUUUCCCAAACGCAGCCUCCCGCUCCCCCUUCUUCUACUACUCCUACCCCUACCCCUACUUCUAUCUCUGCUUCUACUUCUGCCUCCGCGUCUUCAUCGACUUCAACGGAAGGUCCACCUUCGAACCCUCUCCAAGGUAUUCUAUCUACCUCCAACUCCUCCAAGCCUACAGCUGAUAAUGCUGCAUCCAAGCACUCACCACCUCUCACACGUGUGAAAAACGUAAAAUUUGCCGAUCAUGCAAUCGAGAUCAUCGAUUCUAGCAAUAACGUGUUCAACGACAGUAACGACGACAACAGUGAAAAUGAAGCUGGCAACAAUCACAAUGACGAUGGUGACUCCGGUGCCAACGUUGCGUCGAAGUCCACAACAAAAGACGAUGCUGAAAAUGAUGAAGACUAUGGCGCAAUCCAAGUAGUCGAUGACAACGAGGAUAAUAAUUAUGAUCCUAAAGCAUCAAAUCUUCCUCCUAAACCUACCACUGCCAAUAUAGAUCGCACAACCCCUAUAGAUGAAUCCAGAUAUUCGAAUAUAAAUGUUCCUCUAUUCAAUGAGAUAGUCCAAUUUUUCAUCACUAGUCCUCUCUUCAAUGAUCCUCAGUUUGACUCUCUAUCUUCAGCAGAGAAGGAGACCACAGUAUUGGAAGCCUAUGAAGCCUCAACCGGUAGGAAGAUAAAUCCGGAUGAAGUGAAUAUCAAUUUCAGGGCAACAACGUCCUAUAACAAGAUCAAUAUGAAACCAAGUGAUGAUCGCCAGCUAUUGGUGCCAAUAAACCCUUACUGUCGUCGUCCAGAUCUAACUCUGGGAAUGGACACCGAUGAAAAGUAUCAGUUUGAUGAGUUCAAAAGAGACGCUGAAAAGCACUCAAAAGAGUUUGAGUGCUUGAAUUUCCCUCCAGGUUCAAGGCUGUUUGUUGGAAACUUAGCCGUUAACUCUUUGAAAAUCUCAGAUGUUUGGAGAGUCUUCAAAAGAUAUGGUGCUGUUAAAGCUGUGAAUAUGAAACAAGGUUACGGAUUUGUUCAGUUCAUCGACGCAGAUUCUUGUCAAAAGGCUAUCCACGGUGAGGAGCACGUUCCCUUGCACAAUCGCUUAAUGCAUCUCCAAGUGUCUAAGACUCAUGAGAAACAUACCGAAAAUAGAUCAAAGGAAACAAGUGAAAGAGAAAGAGAAAGAGUAAGAGGUAGAGAAAGAGAGAGGUCGCCAAAAAGAUCUACUAAUGAACGUCAAAGGUCUCCUCAUAGAUCUUCCAGAACCGCAAGUCAAAAUAAGAAAGUUCGGGUCAUUAUUUCUCUGGAGUCUGAAGCAAGUUUUAAUCAUUUAUUGGUGAAUAGCUUGAAUGAGGUGGGCUUGGAAUGCAGCAUCAAGCAUGUCGAUUCUACCGCAGAAGAAGUUCCUCAAGAAACAAUUUCGGAAUCUGCUUAUGCUGGAGUUGCCGCUGCUAUUGUUACAAGUAAGAUGGAGCUAGUAAAUUUAUUUUUGUUCCAAAGAGAUACUAAUGAUGGUGCAAUAAAAUUCGAUGAGUACGAAAAUAUUUCCAUGGAAAGCGCCAUAAACUUCAUCGCCAAUCAAAGUAAAAAGGAUAAAGUUUUUGAUAUCAAUAAUAGUAACAGCAGUAAUGCAAGAGGUAAUACAAACAACUACCGUCCUGAACAAAACAUGAACUCGAAUGAUAGAAGAAGGAAUCAAGGUAGAGACAACAACAACAACAACAACUCUAGGGGCGACAGAAACCGUAAUGAUAGACGAAGAAAUAAUCAUAACAGGGAUAACAGGGAUAACAGGGACAGCAGAGACAACAGAGAGAGAUAUGUUGCUCGUAAUCAAAACUAUCCCAAUAACAUAUACAACAAUGGAAAUGAAAACAACAACAGCAACAACAACAACAUUGACAACAGUGGUAAUCCUAGCUAUCCAAGUUACUCUCCAAGACAGCAGAAUGAGCAAAAGCAUUUGCCGCCGCAAGUUCCUGGCAUGGGUACAAACUACACCCCAAACCAAAUGUAUCAACAGAUUCCCACCCCUAAUCCUCAGCAGUACUACGGCUAUAACGGUCAACCUCCACCCCUGCAGCAGCAGCAGCAGCAGCCACACUAUCCGAACAACAACCAAAAUGCCGUGGCUUCGCAGUUGAUGAGCCAACUAUCAUCGCUUGACGAAGGAUCGCUAAAGGCCAUGCUAAGCUUAGUAAAUCAGCAGCAGCAACAACAGCAGCAGCGCACUGCGCUGUCACCACACAUGCCAAUGGGGAACGUAAUGUAUCCCUCACAACCGGCCAGCAUGUCUAUGCCACCACAUAUUCCAUCUGGUCCUGCCGCUACUGCAGGCGUGGGCGGCCUAUUAGCUCAACUACAAAACAUGGUUCCGGGAACCAACGUGAACAACAUGGCUCCUGUGGCUGUCAACAACCCAAACAGUUUCCCAGCCAACCGCCACCUUCCUAACAGCAACCAACAGCAACCAAGUGGAAACAGGGAAAGUCAACAACAAAAUGGCGGCGAAGACGCAAGUAGAUUAUUCGAGACACUAGCCCGUCUCAAGAAUAACAUGUAGAACAAUCCUGCCUCCUUUUGUAUUUUUCCCCUCCCCUCUCCCUUUUGAUUCGUUUAAUUGUCUGUAUCUUGUAAUUCUAACAUGUUCUGUCAUUCGACAGACGCUCCCUUGUGUCUGUGCAGAACCCCUCUUUUCUCCCCAUUCUUUCAGCCCCUCUUCUUACUCUCUCCGUUUAUCUCUAGCGGCUCCUCGGCUUUGGUUUUUCCGUAGAGCGAGUGGAGAAACGGUUUUCUUUCCUCUUUGUUUAUUUCCCCCUCACGCAUCUCCCAACGUCGUGUUUACUCC